UAUAAUAUACAAAUGCAUAUAUAAUACUUAACCAUAGACACACAACACUUUAUAAUAUAUAUUAAAUACACAUACUUACACACAUAUAUACAAAUAUCCAUUCCCACAUUCGUGUAUAUAUACAUAUAUUUAUUUGACAAAAGUACGUCAGUCUGUAUUCACAUCUGGAGUAAUCCUAUUGCCGUGAUUUCACUUUGAAAGAUUCUUCAAUUUUCCCGCCAUGGAGAACGAAUCAAGCAAUUCAGGAAAGGUGAACACUCACGUUUUCGUUAGCAGUCCCGACGAAGACACGAGUCGUGCUGGACACCUGAAAAAAUUCGGCAAACAAUUCGGGAAACGAUGCUUGUCAGCGGGCAAAGAAAACCUUCUGCUGAUCUUGUUGUUAGGGUCCGUGAUUUUCGGAUGCGCCGUCGGCUUUCUCGUUCGCGCCGUACGGCCGUCAAUGAUGACAAACAAACGUGAAGUGAUGUACCUGAUGUUCCCCGGUGAAAUGCUCAUGAGGAUGUUGCGUAUGUUAAUUUUACCCCUCAUCAUGUCCAGUCUCAUCUCAGGAAUUGCUGGUCUCGAUGCGAAAACCUGUGGUAAAAUGGGCUUAAGGACUAUCGGCUAUUUCGCGUCCACCACAAUCAUCUCUGUGGUGACUGGAAUUAUCAUGUGCGUAACAAUUCAGCCUGGAAGUGGCAAGAGCUCCGAAAAACUGAAACGAUAUGGUUCAACCAAGAGAGUUAACUCCGUUGAUACCUUCCUGGAUUUAAUCAGAAAUAUGUUUCCAGAUAACAUCAUAACAUCCUGCUUCGACUCAUUCCGUACAGAAGAGGUCCUGGAGGAACCAGAUGUGGUGGCCGAGAAUGCCACAGACAUCUUCACAUCCACCAUCUCCUCUCUGGCCCUCAGCACACAGAACCUAACAUUCAUGAACGACACAGUGAAACAGGUGUACGUACCCAAGGCUGGCUCCACCGGACAAACCAACGUUCUGGGUGUUGUUGUAUUCUCUGUAUUGAUGGGUGUCACCCUGGGCAGAAUGGCCAUCCGAGGUAAACCCUUACUGGAUGUCUGUAAUUGCAUCAAUGAAGCCACCAUGAAAUUAUUUAAAAUCUUCAUCUGGUAUUCCCCACUUGGUAUCACAUUCUUGAUUGCUGCCAAAAUUGUGGAGAUGAGAGAUUUUGGGGUUCUUCUGGGAAAGGUUGGUCUUUACUUCAUUACAGUUCUGUGUGGUCUUGCAGUACAUGGAGCUUGUAUUCUUCCGGCCCUCUAUUUCCUUUGUGUUCGGAAGAACCCUUACAAAUUCAUUGCUGGCAUCUUUCAAGCUAUGGCUACAGCUUUUGGAACCUCAUCCAGUUCUGCCACUUUACCAGUAACCCUGCAUUGUUUGGAACAUAACUGUGGUGUUGACCCCAGAGUAAGCAGUUUUGUCAUCCCCGUUGGAGCCACAAUCAACAUGGACGGUACCGCACUUUAUGAAGCUGUUGCCGCUCUUUUCAUUGCACAGGUCAACAAUUUGUCUAUGGACUUCGGACAGAUUGUAACUAUCAGCAUUACAGCCACUGCUGCCUCUAUUGGAGCCGCCGGAGUCCCACAAGCUGGUCUCGUGACCAUGGUUAUUGUGCUAUCAGCCGUUGGCUUGCCGACCGAUGAUAUCACCCUCAUUCUUGUUGUUGAUUGGUUCUUAGAUCGAUUCCGUACCAUGAUCAAUGUCGAAGGUGACAGUUUGGGCGCAGGAAUUGUCUACCAUUUGUCCAAACAGGAGUUGGCGGCAGUGGAGAAAGAAGGUGAAGAAGGAGUACUGACCCCUUUCACUGGGAUAGACGACAAGAAACCAAAUGGCACGGACAGUGCAGCUAUCACAGCAGUGUAGAGACAUUCCUAUCAUAUAUGCAUAAAUAUAUACACAUACAUAUACACAUACGUUCAUACACAUACGCAUAUAGACACACACACACACACGCAGACACAGACAUUGCCAUACGCACAUUAGUAUACCAAUACGCAUACACACACACACACACACACACACACACACACACACACACACAUAUAUAUAUAUAUGGACAUACACAAAUGAUUGCAUCAACGCUCGUACAAGCAUAGACAUUCAGUGGCAAACACGCGGACGCACGCACACACACACACGCACGCACGCACGCACAAAGUCAUACAUUAUCACUAUGCUGAAAAGUACUUU